AUGAACCUUUCCCAACGUCGCCGUCGUCGGCGGGCACGGAGGGUGCCCACAGAUCGAUUAGCUCCAUUAAAGGCCUUUUUCGACUCGAGUAAUAAGUUUCACUUCAGAGGGCUGCUUGGAAAUGGAGGCCAAGGAUCCAUUUACAAAAUCCAAUAUGUGGAACUAAAUAAAAACAAUUCUCUAUCUCGGAGAUUGGUGGUCAAAGUGGCGGAUCCAUUUAGAGGAUCAGAUGUUGAGGGAGUGACAAAAGAGAAAAUGAUUUUAGAGGCGUUGCGUUAUUGUCAACAUAUUGUGAGCACGAUAGAUAGUCCAGAUGAUCCAUUAGCAUCUGCUCAAUAUCUCGGCUGGGCAUGGAUUUUUCUAGAGGAAAUGGAGAAUGGUACUCUAACUUCCUUUAUGCAAAGGGCCAAAGGGGCGGGGUUUGCAAGUCUACCAAAUCGUAUGCUUUGGCGGAUAUUUCUCUGUAUGAUUCGGGCUUGUAUUGACAUGGCAUGGCCUUCAAGUUCAUCAGAUAGUGAUGAGCAAACUAUGCAAUUUCUUGAUGAACCAACAGGAUUGGCACAUAAUGAUAUACAUGGUGGCAACCUCAUGUUCGGACCACCCGCGGAUGGCCUUGAGCACGCUGUUUCACCUAUACUAAAGCUUUUAGAUUUUGGCAUUGCCCAAGUAAUUCAUUCGCGUGACUUUGCUUCAGCUGCAACUGGAGAGCAACGGAAUAUAGAAGAUAUAGGAAUAAUGAUGGCUGGCGUUCUAACCCUCCAAACUGACUGGAAGUAUACGGGAGCAGAAAUAGAAGUUGAUUUAAGCAGGCUUGGUUAUUCUUCUGUCGUACUAUCGCCGGCCUCUGGUAUAUUCGGCAAUCCCGAAUAUGAUGAACCAGACCCGCUUCCGUACAUUGAUCGCGACAUGCGCCUUAUUAUCGCGGCAUGUAUGGCGAGCAACCCUCAAGACCGUCCCGAGAUUUUUGACCUUGAGCGAUGGAUUUAUAGCGAGGUUAGUAACACGCAACCCGCAUAUUAUGGUAUUAAUCCCGGUGGCGCAACAUGGGAAAGCAACGAGACGAUCUAUAAUAUCGUGCAGCAAUGCAUAUUUAAUGCUCUUUAA